CAAUCCAUGGCUGCAGACAAUGUCUACGUUCUCUUCUUCUUAUUGGCCUUCCUAUGCAUUCAACUGAUAAAACCCAACGUCUGCGACGGAGCUCUAACCUCAGGCUGCAUCCCUGCCGAAAGAAGUUCUCUACUUGAGUUCAAACGAGGCCUGAAAGAUCCUACCAACAGGCUGUCCUCUUGGGAGGGUGAAGACUGCUGCAAAUGGGAGGGUGUGACGUGCAGCAAUCAUACUGGGCAUGUCGUCAAGCUGGACCUCCAGAAUCCGCAUCCUUUCUCUGAUGAUGAGCCAUACAACAACUGGACCUUAGGAGGUGAGUUGAGGCCUUCUUUACUUGGUCUGAAGCACCUAAAGUACCUGGACCUAAGCAUGAACGAUUUUGGAGGCAUUAGUAUUCCAGAAUUCAUGGGGUCAUUCCAUCAACUCCAAUAUCUUAACCUCUCCAGAGCUGGAUUGGGUGGACUCCUCCCUCACCAGCUGGGAAAUCUCUCCAAUCUGCAGUAUCUAGACUUAUACAAUGACUUGGUUCCCAGUUUUGUGGUUCCGGUCCGUGAAUUUAGCAUUGGUGAUGCACUCUGGAUUUCUCACCUUUCUUCUCUAAAGCAUCUCAACCUGAAUAGUGUGAAGUUUCAAAAUGGUACUCACUGGCUGGAAGCUCUGAACAUGCUUCCUUCUAUUGUGGAGAUAUAUUUACAUUCCUGUGAAAUUCCAAGUGUUCCCCUCUCUCUUCGACAUGUGAACUUUACAUCACUGUCUGUUCUUGAUUUGUCCUAUAAUUCCAUUAACUCUACGAUACCCUCUUGGUUAUUCAACAUAAGUGGCCUUGAGCAUCUUGAUCUCAGUGCGAACUUCUUUCAGGGUAAUAUUCCACCAGCCUUUGGUAACUUGGCAUCCCUCAAGGGCCUUGAUUUAGCUAGCAAUUUUCGUCUUCGAGGAGGAAUACCAACUUCCUUCAAAAAUCUGUGCAAGUUGCAGAAUUUAAUAUUGUCAGGCAUCAAUAUCAACAAAGAUUUGUUAGGCCUUGAUGAAAGUUUUUCUGGUUGCGUCAAGAUGAGCCUAGAGGUUCUAGGCUUAUCCAGCACGAAUAUUAGUGGGCAGUUGCCUGAAUGGUUAUUCCAACUCAGGAAGCUUAAAUCACUCCAGUUGGAGCAGAAUCUGAUUUCUGGGCCUAUUCCUGUAUCAAUUGGACAACUAGCAUCACUCCAAGAGCUCUUUCUUGCUCAAAAUCAAUUGAACGAAACAAUACCAGAAAGCGUGGGGUGGCUGUCUCAGCUAGUUACUUUGGACCUCGAGCACAACAAUUUGGAGGGUGUAAUGUCUGAGGCGCAUUUUGGAAACCUCACAGAAUUGAAAUACUUGUAUUUGUCGUCCAACUCCUUAGCUCUAAAGUUCAAGAGCAAUUGGCUUCCUCCCUUCCGGCUAGAAUACCUUUGGAUGGCCUCCUGCAAACUGGGUCCUGAGUUCCCUGCAUGGCUCCAAUCGCAAAUAAAUAUUUCACAAAUUGUUAUGUCUAAUGCUGGUAUUAUUGAUGCUAUGCCAAACUGGUUUUGGAGCUUAAUUUCCACAGCAGAUUACGUGAGUGUUUCCGGCAAUCAGAUCAGUGGCCACGUACCCAAUUUAUUGCAUUUAAACAACCUCUUCCAGUUGGAUUUAAGUUCAAACUACUUCGAGGGUCCUCUUCCAUAUUUUCCUCCUGGAUUGGGAUUAUUAGAUCUGUCAAACAAUUCAUUUUCAGGAACAAUUUCACUUACCAUCUUCGUGAAUAUGCCUAUACUCCUAUAUUUAUCAUUUUCAGAAAACAAUUUAAGUGGUGAAAUUCCCUUCUCUGUAUGCCAACUGCAGGCCUUAUGGGUUCUUGAUCUUUCAAAAAAUAUGUUGUCAGGAGAGAUCCCCAAUUGUUGGAAUAAUUCUUCCAGUAUCAAAGAUAUGGAUUUUUCAAGCAACAACAUAUCUGGAGUUAUUCCGGAGACAAUAUGUUCCAUAGAAUCGCUUCUGUCAUUGCACUUGAGCAGUAAUAGUUUAUCUGGAGAGUUGCCUUUGUCAUUGAAAGGUUGUAAGAAAUUAGUCCUUCUUGAUGCUGGACAUAAUGAUUUGAAAGGUGAAAUUCCAACUUGGAUUGGUGAAAGUUUAACUAGUCUGAGGUUCCUCAAUCUACGAUCAAAUAUGUUGGACGGAGAUAUUCCUCCAAAUCUUUCAAAACUAAGUGCUCUCCAAUUUAUCGACCUUGCAGAUAAUAAGCUGUCGGGAAGUAUUCCAAGGAGCUUUGGAAAUUUUACUGCCAUGAAAGUUAAUGGAAAGUUUUCAAGUAGGAUGACAGAUGCAACAAGUUACAAGGUGCAGAUGCUAGUAACAACUAAAGGACGAACUCAAGACUAUGACAAUUUACUUUCGCUUAUGAAUAUUUUGGACCUCUCGGAUAAUAACUUAUUUGGAGAAGUACUCGAAGAACUCACAAGUCUUUCUGGCUUAUUCAGUUUAAAUUUAUCUGGAAAUCAUUUCACAGGAGAAAUCAUUGAAAAUAUCAGUAAAUUACAACAGUUGGAGUCCCUUGACUUGUCAAGGAACAACUUUUCCGGCACAAUUCCUUCUGGCCUCGCUGCCCUGACUUAUUUGGCUCACUUGAACCUCUCAUACAACAACUUGUCAGGGGAAAUUCCUCUUGGUAAUCAACUUCUGACCUUCACUGAUCCAUCUAUCUAUAUUGGCAAUCCUGGUCUUUGUGGGUUUCCUCUGAAUCAAAGUUGCAAAGACAGUGAGACAACACAAGGUCAAAGUAAUGCAGAUGAUAGAGAUGAGAAUGAGAUGAUAUGGUUCUACACGAGCAUGGCACCAGGAUUUGUUGUUGGUUUCUGGGCAGUCUGGGGUACCUUAAUACUUAACAAGAAUUGGAACCUUUACUACUUUCGUUUUAUAGACAACAUGCUUGACAAAGUAUAUGUGUUUACCGUACUGAAAGUUUCUAGGAUCAGAAAACGUUGUUGUUCCCAACAAGGAUGAUAAAUUUGAACAUCAAUAUCUGCUGUAUGAGAGUUCAUCUCAUUAAUAUCAUAUCAUCAGCUUGAAUAAAUUUUCUACUUCUGAAUACUUCUGGACUUGUAUACAAGUAAGUCAUGCACUCUCAAUUUUGAUCAUUUCUGUCAAGAUCUCAGUACCAUAUGAAGUGUUCUAAUUCUGGGAAUUGCCAGAAAGCUUGCACCUUUUAAUUAGUUUUUCCAAAAUAGACACCCCUUUUUUAGUUGUUCAGUUUGGCAGAAACGAAAGGAGGUUAAAACUUUUACGAAGAUAUAGAUAGAAUUUAUGGUUUUAUUUUCUUUCCUUUUUCUUUUGAUGUCCAAAUCAGAAGUUAAAAAGAUCCCUUUUUUUCCUCAGUUUAUAUAGUAUCUACUUUCAUCCUCUAUUUUCCCAAGUUUAUGGUAUCUACUUUCAUCAAAUGCAUUUGCAUGUCUUGUUCUUCCCAACUAUUACGCGCCAAGACUGACACUAUCGCAAUCACAAGCUCUGCUGUAAAAGAUUUGGCCAUCUUAUUCGAUUAAUUUGACUCUUAAUGAACUUA